AUGCACAACCUCUACCCGGUGGAUGCCCAUGACCAGUUUGCUAAAGAUAUCGCGGAUGAGCCCUUGGAAACCGACAAGGCCGAGUACCGCUAUGCUGGCACGACCGAUUUCCCGGGGACAAAGGUCUUCCCAAUUCUGAAUGAUUAUCUUCAACCCGACGCACAAACUUGGUUGGAGUUUUCGAUCAAGUCCAUUCUUGAGAUUGUUCCCGAUGCACCUUUAUCAACAGAAAUUUGUACGAUCGGCGAAAUCGUUCUCGUGCUUGCACAACAGAUCCCAUACCAUAUCAUCAUCCAUCACAGAUGA